CCAGCAUGUGCUCGCACACUUUGUCUGGGGCAUUAGGGUGUUAAUGGAUUACCGAAAGGUGUUGACUCAGGUGUGUGUGUGUGAAUGAGGGUGGUACAGGGCUCAAAGUGUGCUGGGAUCUAGUUCAGAGAACAGUCUCCACUCCACAUUAGUCUCUCAUGCGCCCUCUGCCACUCUUCUGCGACCUGUUUUGUUUUUUCUCAGCCUUGCUUCAUCCUUUCACUGCCUCACCCCUGCACAUUAGUUAGCAGCGUUUAUCCUCCGCCUCAGUUUUCUCUUGCAAUGUCUCCUCUCUGCGUCGCCUAACAGUCACCUACCCUCAACAUGGAUAUUGGAGGACUGACCACAGUGGUAGCGAAUUCUGCUUACAUCAAUGCCCGUGGAAGCAUCGAUGGCUCUAAUGCUGCAGCGGCCCGGGAUAAGAAGUACCAUUCUCGCCUCAAACUGCCCCACAUCACCGUGUGCGAGGGCCUGGUGGACACACUGGAUUUGACCUUUGACUCAAUCUGCGUGGAACAGCCUCUUGGCAAACGCCUCUUUAGGGAAUUCUUGAAUGCAAAUCAAGAGUAUCAUGGGGCUUGCCGUUUGUGGAAAGACAUCGAGGACUACGACCUGGCGGAGGAUUCUGACAGGGCAAAGAAGGCCUCAAAGAUUGUCCAGCGUUACAUGGACCCCUCUGCCAAACACUACUGCCCGUUCCUGUCUGAGGAAAUCAUAGCUAAGGUGAAGGAAAACCAGGAGGCUGUAGGGGAUGAUUUGUUUGCCACAGCAUUGGCCACAACGUUGGACUAUCUGCGGGAGGCCCCUUACACUUUCUACCUGGAGAGCUUGUACCUAAAGAGGUUCCUGCAGUGGAAGUGGCUUGAGAUGCAGCCCAUGGAUGCAGACUGGUUCCUAGACUUCCGUGUGCUGGGGAAAGGUGGGUUUGGGGAGGUGUCGGCCUGUCAGAUGAAAGCCACAGGGAAACUUUAUGCCUGUAAGAAACUCAACAAGAAGAGGCUGAAGAAGAGGAAAGGAUAUGAGGGUGCGAUGGUGGAGAAGAGGAUUCUUGAGAAGGUUCACAGUCGCUUCAUUGUGUCAUUGGCGUACGCCUUCCAGACAAAGGACGAACUUUGUCUGGUCAUGACCAUCAUGAAUGGAGGAGACCUCAAGUACCACAUCUACCUGGUGGAUGAGAACAGCCCAGGCUUUGAGGAGCCCAGAGCCUGUUUUUACAUUGCUCAGAUUAUCCAGGGCUUGGAGCACCUCCACCAGAAAAGAAUUAUCUACAGAGAUCUCAAACCAGAGAAUGUGCUACUAGAUAAUGACGGAAAUGUGCGUAUAUCUGACCUGGGUCUUGCUGUGGAGCUAAAAGAAGGAAAAACACUGACCAAAGGAUAUGCUGGGACACCAGGGUACAUGGCUCCGGAGAUGCUGAAAGGAGAAAAAUAUGACAGCUCGGUCGACUAUUUCACUCUGGGGGUGACACUGUUUGAGUUCAUGGCGGCUAAGAACCCAUUCAGAAACAGGGGGGAGAAAGUUGAACGUGAGGAGAUGAAAGAGCGCAUGCUGACGAGGGUGGUGACCUAUCCAGACAAUUUCAGUGAGCACGCAAAGUCGCUCUGUGAUGGGCUGCUGGCCAAAGAGGUUGAUCAGAGGAUGGGUUUUAAGAACGGAUGCUGUGAUGAAAUCAGAGCGCACCCAUUUUUCAGUGACAUCAACUGGAGGAAACUGAAUGCAGGUAUCCUACCUCCUCCUUUUGUCCCUGACCCUAAAAGGGUGUAUGCUAAAAGUCUGGAUGACGUCGGAGCUUUCUCGUCGGUGAAGGGCGUAACCUUGGAGGAUCCCGAUAAGACCUUUUUUGAUGAGUUUUCCUCUGGCAACAUCCCCAUCCCUUGGCAAGAGGAGAUGAUCGAGCUGGGUAUUUAUGGAGAACUCAACGUUUGGGGUCCUGAAGGCAGCAUCCCAAACGACCUCCGCAGGGAGUCUAUACUAGAGCAGCCAGCCAAGUCAUCAACCUGCUGCAUAUCGUAGAGUCACAGAAACACCUUGAAAACACAGCAGUUAUACAGUGUACAGACUCAAAUACUCAGGACAGACACAAGUCUCUUCUGAACUUUCCGAUUGCAGAAUUACAACAGUUUGUGACUCUAAACUUUCAUUGAUGGGCACAGGAGACAGCAAGAACAGAACAGAGGUGGAUUUCCAAUCUGGAAUGGACUUAACCAUUGACUUAGUAUUGAAAAGUGAAAAUUCUUGACAUUAUAUCCUCACUGGUCCCUACUGUCCAUCCCUCACACUCUCUCUUAAUGUGUGCAUUUGCUACAUUAUUAUAAAGCUUUUAGAUUUAAAAUGCAUUUUUAAAAUCAAAUUUUUGAGCAGGGAUGUAGUUAUGUGGUACCUUUGGUGCUAAGUGACAGUCACAUGUUGAACAUGUAAGAUCUUUUAUUUCCCUCUAUUGCAUACGUGCUCCUGUAGGUGCUUUUAUUUUCUUAGUUUUUACUCAUUAACAGCUAACUGAUUACCAAAAGCUAAGGCA